GAAUACAAGCCGUGAGGACACUUAAGGAUGUGCUGCCCAGACGUGUCUCCCACCUCCAUCUUCCUCCUGGGACUCAUGUGCUUGACAGCUUUCAGCAACUUUGCUAAGACUUCUGCAGACUUCUCAGGUUACAUAUCACAGGUGCUAAAGAACUACACUGACCAUGCCUGCGACGGAGAAUAUGUCUCCCUGAGAUGUCCUCACAGAACCACCAUCAGCAUCCAGUCUUCUUUUUAUGGCCGAAUUGUACCAAGCCAUCAGAUGUGUCCUUCUCGCUAUCCCCACUCCUAUGCAACUUUAAUUAAAGAAGAUGUUGCCUGUUCAGUUGGCACUUCUCUUCAGAAGAUGCUGGAUGAGUGCCAGGACAGGCGGAGCUGCCAGUUCCUCGUCAAUAGCCGGCUCUUCGGGACAGAUCCGUGCCCUGGAACUGGCAAGUACCUCAUUGUGUGGUACAAGUGCAGGCCAAAUGAAUACAAGAGUAAAGUAGCCUGUGAAGAUGACAAGCUGAGGCUAAGCUGUAAGAAGAGCAUGGUGAUAGCCAUUUACUCUGCUAUCUUUGGGAGGACACAAGGAGGCAGCCUGGAGUGCCCAUACCAAAACCUAGGGAUGCCCAUGAUUGAGUGUCAGUCAGCUACUGCUCUCCAGCUCAUGAUCAAGCGCUGUCAUGGGAAAAGAAGCUGCAGCAUAUAUGCCAGCACCUAUGAAUUUGGAGAUCCUUGUUACCCAGGCAUCCAAAAGCAUCUUAAUGUCAUCUACACCUGUGUUCCCAAGAAGCUUCUGCAUGAAACUCAGCCAAGACCAACCAAUUAUCAAGGAUAUCAGAAGCCACAUUUUCCACUGCAGCCAAGAGUGUUUGAUCUCAAUGUUAUAGGGGACGGAGUGUUCCUUUCUGAUGUCUCUCCUUCCAGUAUAGGACGAGCUCUCCCAGCAGAGAAGAAGAAAGGGAGAUCUGCCACUUUCUACCCUCUAGACAACACCCCUCUCCUGCUUCCUGUGGAUGAGACACAACCGCCAGUGCUCUCCAGCAGCAUGGAGCCUGUGGGCGUCAGCACGGAGAUGGCCCUGCUCAGCAAUAUCCUGGCAGCCUAUGCCUUCAUCACAGAAAACCCCGAGCGGGCUGCUCUGUAUUUUGUCUCCGGAGUGUGCAUUGGACUUGUCCUGACCCUGCUGGCCCUGGUGCUCAGGGUGUCCUGCCGGACGGACUGCAAACGCUCCUCCUCCAAAAAGCCUCCUCGGGAGCGGGAGAGCGACAGCGACAGCAGUGACAGCGACGACGAUUCGGACACCACCUCGGACCUGUCUGCCCGCAGGCACCGCAGGUUCGAGAGGACUUUGAACAUGAACGUCUUCACUUCGGCGGAGGAGCUGGAGCGGGCACAGCGGCUGGAGGAGCGGGAGCGCAUCAUCCGGGAGAUCUGGAUGAACGGCCAGCCCGACAUCCCAGGGACCAGGAGUCUCAACCGCUACUACUAAAGUGAUUGGGAGUCCAACUGUCCUGCCCUACGCCCUGGGGCUGCUCCACACCGGAUAGAGGAGGGGGGGGUGGAAUAUUUUGUGGGUGUCUCCCCUUUUCCUAUCAGGUGUGCCACCUGGAGUGGUGUGGAUGGACAGCAAUAAAGCUUUCCCCAUCUCCUUCUCCCUGACAUGUUGCUAUCACCCCUCUUCACAGACACUUUCUGGUUUCAACAGAGGUGGUUGCCAACUUCAUUUCUUAGUAGCAGGCAGGAAGGUGACAAUUACAGUCCUCCCACAUGGGAUAUGGUGUUCAGCACGCUGCAAUAUGAGUACUUCUCUCUUGGCUGAGGAGAGAAGUCUCCCAGGAGUUGGUUUUCAUGUAGGAUUUUUUGGUUUCCCUUUCCUGAGGACUGUGGGAGCACUAUGAACAAAAUGACAAAUCUGGAAAGAUGAUUUGAGGGGGGAGGGGGAAGUGCAUCCUGACGGAUUGUCUUGUGACUUCAGAAGCCAUGAGAUUACCCUGAUUAAAACCCAACAGCAAAUAGGACUUGUU